GAUUGCUGUGUGGGUGAUCGCAUUGCAGUUUGCGUUUAUCUUCAACAACAUGAGUGUUAUCGCUGCGAACAGGGCUGUAUGACUCGGUCCGAUCUAAAGGCACAGGUGGCGAUUCUCGUAUGCGAAGAGCGCAAACGAUAGACCUGAACGUCAGACAUCAUGGACGAAGUUACAAGUGUAGCUGUGAUAGGUCUAGGACCCGCUGGCCUCGUAGCAUUGAAGAACCUCCUCGAAGAAGGUUUUCACGCCACAGGAUUCGACCGCAACGACUACAUCGGCGGACUAUGGCAAUACUCACAGAAAGAGCAGACUUCUGUUUUAGAGACGACAACAGUCAACAUUUCGAAAGAAAGAGCCUGCUACACCGAUUUCCCCUUUCCGGAUCAUGUGCCGUCACACCCUGCAGCCGCCCAGGUUCAACAAUACUUGAUAGACUACUCUAAGCAUUUCAAACUGGAACCGCAUAUGCGACUUAGCACCUCCGUUAAGCAGAUUAAAUUCGACGAUGAGCGACAGAAAUGGGUCGUGGAUGUCGAAGGUGGCGAUCAAGAGUACUUUGACAAGGUUGUUGUGGCUAUCGGUGGUAUGGUGGGCAAGGCGAGUCUUCCGGUAAUAGAGGGGAUUGAGAAGUUCGCUGGGACUAGCGUUCACUCACAAGCCUUCAAGAAGCCGAAAGAGUAUGAGAAGAAGAGAGUCAUGGUCGUGGGGUUUAGCAAUAGUGCAGCGGAUACUGCUACGCAGCUAGUGGGAGUUGCUGAUAAAGUGUACAUGGCGCAUCGACAUGGAGCGCGCAUUCUUCCGCGGCGUAUCAACGGUGUCCCGAUAGACCACACGCACAGUCUACGGCUCUUCACCAUACAAAGCCUGUUCAUGACGUAUCUUCCCCGUCUCGGCGAAUGGCUUUUCGACAAGUUCCUCAAGAAGAUGCAAGACAAGAGUUUCAACAUUCGUCCCGAGUGGCGCUUCGAGCCCGCAGGUAAAGUACCAGUCGUAUCCGAUACCCUGAUCCCCUGCCUGGAGAACGGUAGUAUCGCGUCGGUCGCGGGUAUAAAGCGGAUUGUUGACGCUACUGAAGUGGAGUUGCAAGAUGGGACUACGCUUGAAGUUGACGCUAUAAUAUGGUGCACAGGGUAUACAUCGGACUUUAGUAUGAUUGAACCUCGUUUCGAUCCUACAUGUCGUCCGCAAUCGUGGCUCGAUGCUCCUGGGUCGAAUGGCAAGACGCUCUUCCGUCUCUAUCAAAAUAUCUUUUCGCUUGAGAAGCCUGAUAGUCUGGCAUUUUUGGGGAACGUACACAUCACACUUAGUGGUUUUCCAAUCUUUGAUAUGGCGUCUAUGGCCAUAGCACAGGUUUGGGCCGGCAAAUCGCAGCUUCCUUCACUUCAUGAUAUGAGCCUUGCCGUCGACAGACACCAUGUAUGGUUAGCAGAUUAUGCAAAGCGCCUUCACAACGUGUCGCCAGGGCAAUGCGAAGCAGGCGAAUGGGUCAAGGCCAUGGACAAUCUUGGCGGUACAGGUGUCAACGAGUACCUGGGAUAUGGAUGGAAAGGCUGGCUUUUCUGGCUUCGAGACAGGAAGUUCUGCAAUCUGCUGAUGGGCGGGAUAUGGAGUCCGCACAUACAUCGCGUGUUCAGCACCGGGAGGAGGAAGUGCUGGGAUGGCGCUCGGGAGGCGAUUGAAAGAGUAAACGAGAGUGUUGCCAAGAUGAGGAAAGAAGCAAAGGAGAAGAGUGGUUGACGGCUGCUCGAGGUUCUGGGGUCGCGAAGGUGCCAGGGCGUGCUCGAAUGUUCUCUCGUGAGCUUCCCCACACAUGACGACAGGCUGUAUCACAAGGGUCCAUGGCUGUCACUUUUGCAUCACGCAGUACAUAUGCCUCGCAAUGAAUAUUUCGUAUAUGCUCUAUAGUUACCGACUCGAAACAAACAUCAUCGCAUCCUUUCACUCGGUUCUUACAGUUGUCCAGGUGACGUGAAAG